AUGGAUUCAUGCCAGCAUAAAGAUUCAAAGAGCUCAAGUGAAGAAAGUGAUGGACAAAACCUAGCCAACGAUGAUGCGAAUACCGGCCGGUCUCAUGUAUGUGUGUUCUGCAAAAGAGGCUUCACCACAGCCCAAGCAUUGGGUGGGCACAUGAACGUCCAUAGGAGAGAUAGAGCAAAGAUCAAACAGAAUGAAGCUUCAUUGGUUUCAAAUGUACCUGAUUUUUCAUCAAUUUCAAGCUAUCCACCACAUUCUCCAAUCCCAGAGGCAAAGAGAAGUUAUUACAAGAAUUUUCCUUCAUCCACAUCUAGCCCUAGAUUUCCAAAUGCAUACCAUGCAGAUCAACAACUUCACAGUCAAAGGCAAGAGCACAUGAGUUUGGUUGAUGAGGAAGACUGGCACACAGAUUUGAGCUUACAAAUUGGUCCAACAAAGAUAGAAAAAAAUAAGAAGAAAAAGAGGGAAGAAGAUGAAGUAGAUUUGGAACUUAGACUUGGCCAUGAUCCAUAG